GCUAAUUUUAACCAAUGAUAGUGAGUUACGUCAACUAAAAAACGUCAAAAGUUCAUAUUGCAAGUUCAGGACGCGUGUGAAGACUGGAUUGCGAACAUUCACAAAUCAACUUGAAUGCAAUUUUAUUUCAGUCGAGAUACAACCAGGCCUGAAUUAGGACCGUCAGUGAAUAGUCGUUAAAAAAAUAAUUGUACGUUGGUUUACCCGACGAUGAAGUACUUUUUGCUGUUAGGGCUCGGCAUCUUAUUCCUCUCAGGAUGGGCGCAUGCACAAGAAGAAGGCGUGGGCACAGUGGAGGAGGUGACGGUGGACGUUGACCAUGGAGCCUCUCGAGAGGGUUCUCGCACAGAUGCGGAGGCGGUGUCGCGGGAGGAGGAGGCGAUCUCUCCCGGCGAGCUGAGCGUGGCGCAGAUGAAAGAAAUCCGCGAGCGCGCCAAGAAUUACACCUUCCAGACAGAAGUGAACCGCAUGAUGAAACUCAUCAUCAACUCGCUGUACAGGAACAAAGAGAUCUUCCUCCGUGAGUUGAUAUCGAACGGAUCUGACGCUUUGGACAAGAUUCGACUGCUGUCGCUCACGGACCACAACGUGUUGGAGUCCAACCCAGACCUCAGCAUCCGCAUCAAGGCGGAACCCGACAAGCGGCAGCUGCACAUCAUCGACUCCGGCAUCGGAAUGACUGGCGCCGAGUUGGUGAAUAAUCUCGGCACCAUCGCCAAGUCCGGCACCGCUGACUUCCUGUCAAAGAUGCAGGACGUGGAGAAGGGCGGCGCGCAGGAGAUGAACGACAUGAUCGGACAGUUCGGCGUCGGGUUCUAUUCGGCGUUCCUGGUGGCGGAGCGCGUGACAGUGGUGUCGAAGCACAACGACGACGUGCAGCACGUGUGGGAAUCGGACGCCAACGCCUUCAGCGUGGCGGCGGACCCGCGCGGCAACACGCUGCGCCGCGGCACGCACAUCACGCUGCACCUCAAGGAGGAGGCGGCCGACUACCUGCAGCCCGACACCAUCCGCUCGCUCGUCAAGAAGUACUCGCAAUUCAUCAACUUCCCGAUCCACCUGUGGGCCUCCCGCACCGAGACCGUGGAGGAGCCCGUCGAGGAGUCCGCCGACGCCGACGAGGACGCUCAGGUGGAGGAUGCGGCGGAGGAGAAGCCCGAGACCAAAAAGACUGAAAAGACAGUGUGGGACUGGGAGCUGAUGAACGACAACAAGCCCAUCUGGACGCGCAAGCCCGCCGACGUGGCCGAGGACGAGUACACGCAGUUCUACAAGAGCCUCACCAAGGACUCGUCGCCGCCGCUCGCCAAGGCUCACUUCGUGGCGGAGGGCGAGGUGACGUUCCGCGCGCUGCUGUUCGUGCCGCGCGUGCAGCCCGCCGACAGCUUCAACCGCUACGGCACCAAGACCGACCACAUCAAGCUGUACGUGCGCCGCGUCUUCAUCACGGACGAGUUCAACGAGCUGAUGCCCAACUACCUCGCCUUCAUCCAGGGCAUCGUCGACAGCGACGACCUGCCGCUCAACGUCAGUCGCGAGACGCUUCAGCAACACAAACUCAUCAAGAUCAUCAAGAAGAAGCUCGUGCGCAAGGCACUCGACAUGCUCAAGAAGAUCUCCGACGAAGAGUACGAACACUUCUGGAAGGAGUACUCCACCAACAUCAAGCUGGGAGUGAUGGAGGACCCAAGCAACAGGUCGCGGCUGGCAAAGUUGCUGCGCUUCCACUCGUCUCACUCGGACCAGAUGACCUUCCUCAGCGACUACGUGAAACGCAUGAAGCCCAACCAGCAUCACCUCUACUAUAUCGCCGGCGCCAGCCGUGCUGAGGUGGAGAAGUCUCCGUUCGCUGAGCGGCUGGUGAAGCGCGGGUACGAGGUACUGUACCUCACCGAGGCCGUCGACGAGUACUGCCUGUCCUCGUUGCCCGAGUAUGAGGGCUUCAAGUUCCAAAACAUUGCCAAGGAGAUCUUCGACCUGGAAGAGAGCUCGUCGCAGAAGGAGCGGCUGGAGGCGCAGCGCGUGCAGUUCGAGCCGCUGACGCGCUGGCUCGGCGACAAGCUCGGCGCGUGGAUCACGCGCGCCGCCGUGUCGCGCCGCCUCGCGCGCUCGCCCGCCGCGCUCGCCGCCACCGCCUUCGGCUGGACCGGCAACAUGGAGCGCCUCGCGCUCUCCAACGCGCACCAGAAGGCCGACGACCCGCAGCGCCGCCACCACCUCACGCAGAAGAAGAUGCUGGAGAUCAACCCGCGCCACCCCAUCAUCGUGGAGCUGCUGCGCCGCGUGCAGGACGACCCCGACAGCGCCGAGGCGCUGCAGGUCGCCAACACGCUGUACCGCACGGCGGCCCUCAGGUCGGGCUACAUCUUACAGGAGGGACAGUCUGUAGAAUUUGCGGACACGGUGGAAAGUAUGUUGCAACGCUCGCUGGGCUUGUCCGCCGACGCCAUGCCCGAAGACGAGCCCGAGGACGAGGCGGCCGACGCCGAGGCCGAGACUGAAGCCGACGCAGACGCCGAGUCGGAAACGCUGGCCGAGGAUCACGACGAGCUGUAAGCUGUAUGCGGCCACAGCACCGAUCUUUCGGAUGUGUCGGAGAACAUAGUCUGAACUCUGACGACGGGUGUUCUACUCUAAAUGUUCCAGUAUGAUUUGUGAGAUGCAGUGUGACAAGUGAUGAAUGUUUUUUUUUAUAUUCAGUAUGCGUGAUAGUAAAGCUAACUGAGGUACUGUAAAUAAAUUAUAUUUAUUAGUAAAUUUAAAAUAUAUCUUAA